UCCAUAUUCCGCUUCCGGCUCUGUCCGAGUCACAGCUGAGGCGUCGGUCUCUGGUUAACUGGCGCUUCUGCAGGAGCCGUCACCUUAGCCGUUAUGCUGUCCCAUUCCCGGUGUUUCACCCGGACUCUAGGGCGCUCGCUCUCUGCCCUCACCCAGGGUAGCAAUGUGCUGGGGCGAAGGACCGUAUCAGGUCUUUCAGCCUGCAUUCAUGUUGCCUACAAGAACAGCCAUCCAACCUGCAACCCCAGGCCCAGUGUCUUCCAAAUCAGAUACUUCAAGACCUCUACAGCCUUCAGGAAUGAAGUUGUCACAGUGAACACACCUGCGUUCGCCGAGUCCGUCACAGAGGGGGACGUGAGGUGGGAGAAAGCCGUUGGGGACACGGUGGCUGAGGAUGAGGUGGUGUGUGAAAUCGAGACUGAUAAGACCUCUGUGCAAGUGCCCUCCCCUGCCGCUGGUGUGAUCGAGGCCCUCCUGGUACCAGACGGAGGGAGGGUAGAGGGGGGAACUCCUCUCUUCACACUCCGGAAAGGAGCUGCUGCUGCCAAAGCGGCCGAUGCCCCGGCCCCUGAAGCUCCCAAAGCGGAGGCCCCUGCAGCCGCGGCCCCUGCAGCCGAGGCCCCCGCUCCUCCUCCUCCCCCCGCCGCUGCCGUGGGGCCCAUCCCCACCAGUCUGCCCCCCGUGCCACCCGUACCAGGCCAAGCCCUCCACGCCAAACCCGUCUCUUCCGUCAAGCCCACCGUGGCCCCAGCUGCCCCGCCGGCCCACACAGACACCUCUGCCAAAGGGGCCCGCUCUGAGCACAGGGUGAAGAUGAACCGUAUGAGACUGAGAAUUGCCCAAAGGCUGAAAGAGGCACAAAAUACCUGCGCUAUGUUAACCACUUUCAAUGAGGUUGACAUGAGCAACAUCCAGGAAAUGAGAAAGGCGCACAAAGACGCUUUUGUGAAGAAGCAUGGCAUCAAGCUGGGCUUCAUGUCUGCUUUUGUGAAAGCCGCAGCCCAUGCUCUGACUGACCAGCCUUCUGUCAACGCUGUCAUUGAUGACACAACCAAAGAGAUUGUAUACAGGGAUUAUGUUGACAUUAGUGUGGCUGUGGCGACACCAAAGGGUCUUGUGGUGCCAGUGAUCAGAGGUGUGGAGACCAUGAACUUUGCUGAUAUUGAGAGAACUAUCAACGAGCUUGGAGAAAAGGCUCGUAAAAACGAACUAGCGGUGGAGGACAUGGACGGCGGGACCUUCACCAUCAGCAACGGAGGGGUGUUUGGGUCCAUGUUCGGGACGCCCAUCAUCAACCCCCCUCAGUCCGCCAUCCUGGGCAUGCAUGGGAUCUUUGACAGGCCGGUGGCCAUCGGUGGCAAGGUGGAAAUCCGGCCGAUGAUGUACGUGGCUCUCACAUACGAUCACCGUCUGGUUGACGGCAGAGAGGCGGUGACCUUCCUGCGCAAGAUCAAGGCGGUUGUGGAGGACCCACGAGUGCUACUUCUGGACAUGUGAUCUGUAGCACAAAGGCCGUUUAAAAACUGCUCCCCUUAUGAUAAACAGUGGUUAUACCUGCCCCCCCUUCCCCCAUGUUCCUUACUGCAGUCGAUAUAUUAUAUUGGUUAAACAAAGGGAGAGAAGUGAGUGUUUUCAUGGUUCACUUACAAGUGAGAAUGGUGGUUUGGAGUUCUGCAUGACUUUGAAUGGCAACAGGUUUCUUGUUAAUAUACAGUAUCAAGGGUUUCGGUGGACCAGGUUCCUACUUGGUGUGAAGACACUUUCAGAUCAUUUUGUUCUGGGGGGAAAUGAACCACUGUCCAAACAAUUCAUAUGAGGAAAGUUAUUCCACACACUACUUGUAAGAUUGUCACGCAAGCUGCUCAGCCGUGUUAUAUACUUUUGUACAACAUUAAGUGUUGAAAGUAUUUUAGGUGCACAAGUCAACAGUAUCUUUCACACAAAUUAGAAAUCUGCUUCAUUGAUCACCCCAAGAACAGAUUUUGUCUGUGUUGUACAAAAAACCUGUAACUAUUUAAGAAAAGAUUUUAAAAAACAUUAAAAGGCAAGAAAAUUA